CCACAAAACACGGAUUUCAGGGCUGCCAAGAAAGAUGAGCAGCCGCAGAGCUAAAGAGAAGAGCCAGUUAGCCCGCAGAAUGCUGCCGCCCCUCUGCCUGCUGCUGCUGCUGCUGCUGCUCUCAAGGGCCACCGCUGCCCUUCCCCUGGUGGGCGGCCUCACUGGCCACGACAGCGGGCAUAUACAGGAAAUGGCAGAAAUAGAGAAGAACAGCCUAUUGACUUUCCUUGCUUGGUUGUACGAGUGGACCUCCCAGGACAGUGCAGUGCCAUUUAUAGGAGGGGAAGCCAGAGGGGUGUCCAGACGGCAGGAAGGCCCGCCCCUUCAACAGUCCACGCCCCAAGAUAAAACGCCCUGCAAGAAUUUCUUCUGGAAGACCUUCUCCUCCUGCAAAUAAAACACUACCUGUGAUUACUCAUGCGAAGAAGCGUAGCGAUGGAUCUGAAUAAAAUGUAUUAAGCAGCCAUGAUCUUUCUUUUUUACCCAGUUGUCUUCUUUUUCCCAUGUAAUUUGAACAGUAUCUUUUAUUUAAACUCCAAUAAUGCCCAAUACUGAGUGUCUUGAGUAAUUUGGAACCCAAGGUGAAUAUUUUUGAUAAAGAUUUUUGUGGUUUUUGCUGUAUGGUACUCAAUGCAGCCACUGGGCUUUCCUUCCACCUUCUUUAUGUGCUUGGAAGUUGUUCUGUCCUUGUCUUCCUU